CGUCAUGGCGGCGCUGUGUCGGAGCCGUGCCGUAACUGCCGAGAGCCAUCUCCUGCGAGUGUUUCUCUUCUCUCGGCCCUGUCGAGGCGCAGGCACUGAGAGUAGCUCCGGGAGUGAGAGUUCCGACUCCACAGAGCCUAAAAUGGGCCAAGGCGGCUUCGCGAGCGCUUUGGAGCGGCAUUCGAAGCUGUGGCGGAAGGCGGAGCUCGGGCAGAAGACAGGCUCUCCAAAAAAUGUGGAAUCCUUUGCAUCUAUGCUGAGACAUUCUCCUCUUACACAAAUGGGACCUGCCAAGGAUAAACUAGUCAUUGGACGAAUCUUCCAUAUUGUAGAGAAUGAUCUUUAUAUAGAUUUUGGUGGCAAGUUUCAUUGUGUAUGUAGAAGACCAGAAGUGGAUGGAGAGAAAUACCAAAAGGGAACCAGAGUCCGACUGCGGCUAUUAGAUCUUGAACUUACAUCUAGGUUCCUGGGAGCGACUGCAGAUACAACUAUACUAGAAGCGGAUGCAAUUCUCUUAGGAGUCCAGGAGAGUAAAGACGCAAAAUCAAAAGAGGAACAUCGUGAAUAAGAAACAAACUUUGUCUAAAACUAAUGAUGUAAUGUAUGGGGAUAAUAUAAGAAUAAAAAAAUUAAAAAAAAAAAAAGAAACAAACUUUGCUUAGUGCAUUCACUCCUUUUUUGUUGAACCCAGAUACUCAUCAAGAAUGCAAUUAGAAAAUUGUGAAUAAAUGAUUGAAAGAAGACAUAAUAAAUGAAAGCUAUAAUUAUA